GUGUGUAAACUAGACAGUGUAGAUGUUGUGUGUGAAGGUAUAGAGUACGCAACAGAGUGGGUGUGCAGUCUAUGUAGAACGCUGUGUGUACUGCACACACUUGCAGGCAUGCAAUGUAAAUGCCCAAGCCACGUCAGCUGGCUCCUCUCGAUGGUGAGGAGCAGCGGCUCUACUAUGAGCUCCUCCUGGGUGACAGGUGUCCUGACCCUAUCUCUAAGGGUGCGCCCUGCCACCCGUGGACAAAGGAAGAAAAUCCUUUGCCUAACGUCAACGAGAUCAGCUUCUUCCUGGAGCAGGCUGGUGUUGGUUUGGGCAGAGAAGAGACGCAGCGGACCUUUCUGGCCCUGAAGCAGCUCGUGGACUCACAGGAGCUCCUCCGAUGCCGACUGUGGGGCAAAAUUCUGGGAAUUGAAAGCAACUACUACAUUGCUGAAGUGGAGGGAAAAGAGUUGGAUGAAGAGGAGGAGGAGCAGCCCGACAGAACCGAGGAAGAGCAGAAAGAUGCAGACACUGAUGACAAGGAGGAGAAUGCAGUCCCUCAGUCAACCUACAAACCUCCUCCAGUGGUGCCCAAAGAGACGGUGGGAACAGGUGCAAACAAGUUCCUUUACUAUGUCUGCAAAGAGCCAGGUCUUCCAUGGAUAAAACUUCCAUCUGUCACUCCCGCACAAAUCGACGUUUCUCGUCAGAUUCGUAAAUUAUUCACAGGAAGGCUUGAAGCCCCGGUAAAGAGUUACCCUCCUUUUCCCGGGAAUGAAGCCAACUAUCUGAGAGCGCAGAUUGCUCGGAUCUCUGCUGGGACACAUGUCAGCCCCCAGGGAUUUUUUCUCAUUAUGGAGGAGGAAGAUGAUGAGGAAGGUGAGCCACUUCAGGAUAGCUAUGAUGUAAAUCCAGACUUUGAGGGCAUUCCAGUUUCUGAGAUGGCAGAGUCCUUGUCCACCUGGGUGCAUCAUGUUCAGCACAUCCUGCCACAGGGUCGCUGUACUUGGCUGAAUCUGUCUAUGAAACCAAGUGAAGACAUAGACGAGGACGAAGACAUGGAAGAAGCAGAAGAGGAGCCAGAUGAGCCUGAGCCAGAGGUUGGACCUCCUCUGCUUACUCCAUUAAGUCAAGAUGCCGAAUUGUUCAACACUCCUCCCUGGACCUCCAAGAUGUCCUCCACCCUCACCUCCGUGCAUGCUAUAGCUGUGUUGCGCUCAAACCUCUGGCAAGGAGGACAUGCGUAUGCCAGUGGAAAGAAGUUUGAGAACAUAUAUGUUGGAUGGGGGGUGAAGAGCGCUGGAGACGGCUUCAGCCCGUCUGUCCCUCCAACGCCACUGAAAGAAUAUGUUGGAGAUGAAGAGAUCACAGAAGUUCCAGACCCAACACCCAGGGAUGAGAGGGAACUGGCAGAAGCUCUGGUGGCCGCGCAGGAGGAGAUGGAGGGAUCAGAUCGGGAGGACGAAUCUGAUGACGACUAUUAAACUGGACUCUUAGGAUCCCUCAGAAGAAUACUUUAACUGUCUACCUAUGAUGACACAACCCAGGAGUGAACCCUGGUGUGUAGAGUAGCCUGGAUUAGACACAUCAAACACUGACUUCUUCCCUGAUGACCACAAGUUUCUCUUGUAGCAACUUCAGCAAACAUCAGGCUUCAACACUGGCUCCUCCAUCUUCAUCAAACUGGGUAUUUAUUGGAUUUGCAUGAUAGAGAAUAUGCUUGCAAAAACACUGGGCCAAAUUAAUGUCAAUAUUAAACCAAAUGAAUGAAUCCAACCAAUGAACACAUAGGAGAGAAGCUUCUUUAUUCAAUUUGAAAAAGAAACGACUAUUUGCCAACGUAGAAAACAUCUCCCACCAAUCUUCCUUCACCAAAAUAGAAAAGGGAA